UUUACGGAGGGACGAAACAAGGCGAAGCUGAAGUGUUUUUUGUAAAGAUGAAUGAAAAACCAGUUGCCUGGUUACAGUUCAUGUUCGAACUAUUUAGUACGUAGCAUUUAUUGCGAAUUAGAAGGGCCCAUGAUAAAAUUUAAUGACUUCCAUUAUAAAAGUGAUUACCUAUUUUGAAAAGUGUAACACCUGUAAGUAAUCGUACAGGUGGUUUAAUUGUUGUUAAGAGAGGAGCGGGGAAAAGUUACACCGGCCGCGGCAGCUUAAAGUUUGGUAAUGGCUGCUACAAGUGUUGUGGUGCUUGACAGGGGAAAUAAUACAACAUGUACAAUUAAUUUACAUGGUGCCACAGUGGUUUCCUGGAGAGUAAAUAACCAAGAGCAAUUGUUUGUAAGCAAACAAGCAGUGUUUGAUGGAAAAAAGGCUAUAAGAGGAGGAAUUCCAUUUGUAUUUCCUCAAUUUGGACCAUGGACAUUUGGACCACAGCAUGGCUUUGCCAGAAUUGUACGCUGGAAUCUUGAAAAGGCCCCUGAAAGACUAGCUAGUGGUGAUGUAGAAGCAAUAUUUUCUAUAAUGGACAACGACUUUACACGUUCUAUGUGGAAUUUUUCAUUUCGACUUACGUACCGUUUAAUACUCCGAGAAAAAGAGUUACAUUUCAACAUAGCAGUGUACAAUCCAAGCAAAGAUUUAACAUUUAGUUUCAAUAUGCUGCUCCACACUUACUUUAAGGUUCCUGACGUACGAAGAUGUCAGAUAACAGGCCUACACGGGUGCACUUUCAUCGAUAAAACGCGAGAAAACACUUGCUAUCAAGAGGGAAGGGAUGUGGUUACCAUCGGGGAGUGGACUGACCGCAUAUACCAAAAUACUCCUCAAGAACACAUCAUAACGAACGUGGUAUCAGGUCGAAAGAUGAGAAUUCAAAAAUAUAAUUUUCCCGAUACGGUUAUAUGGAAUCCGUGGGUUGAUAGAGCAAAAGGGAUGACGGACUUUGGGGAUGACGAAUACCCAAAUAUGGUCUGUGUGGAAGCGGGCCAUGUUUCUAGUCCCGUUAUUCUUUUGCCCGGGACAGCAUUCGAAGCAAGCCAAAUUUUACAAGUGAUGUGAAAAAGUAUUAUACCUUCGAGGACGUGUUCCCAUUCCAACUUUUUAAAGAUUCUUAUUUUUUAUUGUUAAGUAAUUUCUGUGUUUAUAACAGGAUUUUUUGAUUUUAAAAAGCAACAAUAAUGUCAGUGUAAAGGUUGUGUUCGUAAAAUAAUUACGGAAAAGCAAUAGGAGUUUUUUGUAGAGUUACUGGAUUAUGAGUCUUUCAGUAACCUGCUAGCUCAACAUUAGCCUUAAUCUGGUAUACGACUGGUAUAGAUAAGCAUGUACUACUUACUAAUAGUGCAAUAGAUUGUUGAACAUUAAACAACUUUCGAUUGUCAUAUAAGCACUGAAAAUAAACGUUUUAAAUCAAU